CAAUUUGGGAGACAGCAAAAACAUAUAAGAACUGAAAGUCAAGUACUGAGUACCUAGGGAAUACUGAUGAUGGCCUGGGGAAUACCGGAACAAGGAUGGAGGAAAGGGCCUUGGACUCCUGAGGAGGAUAAGCUGCUUGCUGAAUAUGUAAACUUGCAUGGAGAAGGAAGAUGGAGUUCAGUAUCUAGGUGUGCAGGAUUGAACAGGAGUGGAAAGAGCUGCAGGUUGAGGUGGGUGAAUUAUCUAAGGCCUGGACUCAAGAGAGGUCAAAUAACACCUCAGGAGGAAGGCAUCAUCAUUGAACUCCAUGCUCUCUGGGGAAACAAGUGGUCUACAAUUGCAAGGUACUUACCAGGGAGAACAGACAAUGAGAUAAAGAACUAUUGGAGAACCCAUUUCAAGAAGGAGAAAUCCUCUCAGAAGAAAGAAAAGAGAAAAGCUCAGGUUCUAAAACAGAAACAGCAGCACCCACAGGCAAAGCCAAUUGAACAUACAAGUAGGGUGCUUUCUUACACAGAGGCCACCGCUGCCAUAUCCGAAGACAGCAGCAAGGCAACUGAGGCGCCACAGGGAAUACAAGAGAUGGUGUUCAUGUACCCUUGGGUGGAUCAGUGCCUGCCUGUGAUGAUGAUGCCUCAGGAUACCGCUUCUUGGUCUGCUCAUGAGCAGGCUGUGGUGGAUGAUGAGUUGUUAUGGGGUGGCCUGUGGAAUCUGGAUGACAAUUGCUAAACAAGUACCUGCAACAAGAUAGCCUUGCAAAAUCAAGGAACAGCAGGGAACUUAUGGAAUGGAGGAUACAUUUUCUAGCAUUAAUAAUUUUAGAAUUAAUCA